CUCCCCUUCUCUUUCAUUCCCUUGCCUCCUCUGUCUCCCCGUGCUUGCCUCCUCUCCCCUUUCCAAAUUCAAACCAGUGACCUGUGAAUUCAAUAUCAUCCCAAGCUCUUCCAUGCCUCCAUCUGUGUAAGCCCAUACUCUACAACCCCCCAGCCCUACCCUAUUCUCAUCUUCUAAAAAACAAGCGUAAAAAAUUCUCCAUCUCCAUUCUCCACACUGACGCUCAAAAAUGAGCAAAGGCGAGUGAGGAAGCCAGGACGUUGUGACACCGAAAAGAUAUGUUCGUGACGCAUCUAGUUGUUGAAACACAUGAUUGGGAAAGACUGACCCUGCAAAGUAGGUUCCAACCCUAAUCCUCUAAGGCAUGAAAGUGUCGAGGGAGAAGGCAGUGAGCGUCACAAAGAAAUACAUUCUUGAUUUAAAAUGUCUCUAGUGGCUAAGAAACCAAGAGAAAUUAGUGUUUGCUGAUUUGUAGAGAUGGGAAUGUGCUGUUUUGGUGUUUUCAUGUCACAAUGGCCAACUGGUAGGAGAGAGAGAUGCCUGACAAAAAGCUACCCUGAAAUGUCCAGGCUGAUAUUUUGCAAUAAUUAUUUGAUUCACAUUACAGCGGCUAGUCAUAAGCUCACUAAUAUUCUGAUUGUGAAACCCUUUCACAGGAUUGGAUAUUAGUUGUACUCUUAGUAAGUUGUUGUUAGAUGCUGUUGAGCGAUUGCAACUCAUAGCGACCCCAUGUGACAGAGUGGAACUGUUUCAUAGGGUUUUAUAGGCUGCAUCUUUACAGGAGCAGGUUGCCAGGUCUUUCUCCAGGAGAGCUGCUGGGUGGGUUUGAACCACCAAUCUUUCAGUUAGCAGCCGAGUGCUUAACUGUUGCGACACCGGGGCUCCUGUACUCUUAAUACAUAUAAUCUAGUAAAUUUGAUGAUAAUGUACUUACUUGCUUCAGAAUAGAUUAGAAUAGGGAUCAAAGAAAUGUGAGUGACAAAUACGACCAAGCUAAACUUGGGUUACAGUAUGAAUGGUUAACAAAGAUAUCUAUCCAGGUGACUAAUUUUAAACACUCUGAAAAAUUCUAAAUUGGAAUAUUUUGAAAUUUGUUCUCUAAUUCCAAAGUAACUACCAGCCAACCAUCAAUGAUGUGACUAACUGACAAAUGAGAGUAAUAAAGAUAUUGCCAAGUGAUUGGGAAACUAUAAACCUCUAAUUUACUUUCUAGACCUGGAAAUUGUUUGUUUUAUUGCCAGUGUAAUCCUAACCUAUAAAUACACAAAACAAAUCAAUCAAAUCCCUUAGCACCUACUCCAAAUAUCAAAACACAGUCCUGAGACUGUGUUUUAGUUGUAAUUAAAACUAAAGGCCCUAGGGAAGCCUGCCUGGGUGCCACACUUAAAAAAAAGCGCCAUUAGAGUAUGAAAAGAAUGGAAUCCUUUACAAUUAACCUACAAUUUCUAAGGCAAAGACUCCAUUAUCCAAGCAUUUAUUUAUCUUUUCACCACAGAACUAAGGGGUUGUGUGUUUACUCCCAAGCCUAAAUGACAAGAAAAUGUUAUGGUUUCUUAAUAGAAAAGUUCCUCCUGAAAUAAAGUAAAAUGCUAAAUAUGUUUUUAGAAAAAUAAGACUCAUAUAAAAGGUUAUUGUUCUAUAACAGGCCUGUUUUUUUCUCAUGUUCCUUGGGAGGGGGAAAAAUCUCAUCAGUUCAAAAGAAUAAAAGGCCUUCUGCAUUAUUCUUGGCGUUUGGAAUUCAGGUGGGAUAAUUAGGACAUUCUUUCAGAGGCUGACCAGUCUCUCACAGACAGGCUCUGUGAUUGUUCUAGAGAUUUUUAUUGUUUGUCUUCUGUUUUGCUCACUGGCAAAUACAGCCCAGCAUAAUCUCAUUCCACCAGUACAUUGAGAAAGAGACCACGCUCUAUUUUAAAUAAAAAGGAAGCAAAUAUCCAUAAACUUUAAUGAUGCUUUUAAGAACACUUAUUCUUCACUGGGAGAGUAAGAGGGAUGAUAAAACGUAAGAAUAUGAAACCCCAGUUAAUUGUACCCUUCUUCAUGGAGUACUUUCUUUGAACAGUUUCUCUUGCAUGGUUUAUGGCUAUUUUGGGGUGUCCUUCUGUAUUUCUCAUUGGGAGCACUAAGGGCCUUUUAGAUGACACAAUUCAUUAUUGUCUGGCACUCUACAGGACAUUAGAAUCCCUGCCUCUGCCCACUAAAUGCCAUCAGCACCCCCAGUUAUUGCCAUAGUUCAAACCACCCCUACACAUUUCCAAACUCCUCCUAAGGGGCAGUGCCUCCCCUGGUUGACAACCACCAGUGAGUCCAGUGUGGGGCUUGGAGAAAAACUUGAAUCACAUUUGGAAUUUCUGGAGGGUAAAUUCUUGGAAUAUUAAAAAGAGGUUUUGGCCAUAGAAUUCUGAAAGAAUAUAUGUUCAGAAUUAUAGCUGUGAUUCAAAUUCAGGGAUGUGUAACCACACAUAUUCCAUGCGAUAACUUUGUUGCCAGAUGACCCAGCACUUGGCAAUUGCUGGACCAAGGACUACUUGCUGAACCAAAGAGUGCUGCGCUAACAAGACCCAACCUUUGAUCAUCACCUCAGCUGCCUCCGGGAGAUGUUCUGAGAUCCCACAAGUAGCCUCAGGAAUCCAGAGUUUUCCCAAGAGAACCAGGCUCUGACUCUAAUUCCCUCUGCCUGUCCCCCUCCCACCCACUCCUAGCAGUGGUGGAGUCCACUGCUGGGAAGAUGCCUGGAGUGGCCCUUUGAUGGCUCCUGGGCCAGGCUGGGCCCAGGUGAAGAUAAACUCAUGUGCAUCACCAGCCAGCUCAAAGACUGGGCUGAUGGUGUAGAGGUGAGGGGGAUGUGUAGAAACGAAUCACCCUCUCUUGUUAACUAAAAGUUUUUUGUUGUUUGUUUUUAAGAGGAUGGUGUGUGUGUGUGCGGGUGUGUGUGGUAACGCUUUGUCUUGAUCUCUCAGCAGAACUUUUCUUUUAGAAUUAUUCCAGGGGUUAGUGGAUUCAAACCAUUUCCUUCCCUCUUUCAAAGAAAAAAAAAGUUUCUGCCCAAUUUGUGUUACAUGUAAAAUGAAACAGGAACACACUAGCAGAGAAUAUCUGAUGCGUCUGCACUUCCCUGUUGAAACUGCAGGACUCCUGUCAACCCUCUUUCUUGCGUGGAUUUCUCUCAUCUCAGGUGGAGUUUGUAUUAAGAACACAGCCAGCUCUCCGAUGGCCAGCAACAACACCGCCAGCAUAGCGCAAGCCAGGAAGCUGGUAGAACAGCUGAAGAUGGAAGCCAACAUCGAUAGGAUAAAGGUAUCCAAGGCAGCUGCAGACUUGAUGGCCUAUUGCGAAGCUCAUGCCAAGGAAGAUCCCCUCCUGACCCCAGUUCCGGCUUCAGAAAACCCAUUCAGGGAGAAGAAGUUUUUCUGUGCUAUCCUCUAAAUCUUCACAAAGAGCCUGAAGAGCCUCAGGGCUCCUGGGACACUGAUGUAGAGUUUUUAGCAAAGUGGGCACCUUUCUAGUCCACAGCAUUUAAAGCGAGGGAGUAGAACCAUCCAGGAAGCUCCAGGCUCCGCAUGUUUAAAGAACCAGCCCCCUUUAUGAGAAUGAAAGCUGACCCUCAUCAUGAGCUAAGAGAUCUGAUAUCUGCAGAACUGCCUGGAGGAGGGAAAUAUGUAAAGAUAAAAUUGGUGACACUUCCUUUCUGCUAUUCCCCCAAAACCUUAUGUUUCUGCUUCAUAUUUAAAAAAUGAAUAUUAAAACAGACAGCUGUGCCGAGCUAUGUAUGACCUUCUUGGAAUGAAUAUUGUCCUUAGAAUACCCUUUGAUAAGCUGAGUGUCCAAUGUAGCCACAGUUUGGUUUAAUGACAUUAAUGUUGUCUUUGUGCCUUUCUUUUCUUUUUUCCCUUUCCCCUCACCUCUCCUCCUGCUUCCCCCCACCCCACACCCUUAGAGUAGUACAGAGAUAAGGCUCAACUUGUCUGUGAGACUGAACUCCAAGAGUACCCAAAAUGUUUAUGGAGAUGAUCCCCAAGGUGUCCCCUCAUGGUAGUUUAAAAAAAAAGAAAAUACGGUUGUCUGUGUUCUCUGAUCACUAUUCCUAACAUCUGUACAUGAUAGCUUUGAUUCUGCAACUAAAAGUAAAUCAUGUGUUGUGAUUGGUGCUUUCAUAUAUUUGUGACAAUUUUUGAGUAAUACUGCAUGAAAAUGUCCCUCUGUUACAUCCAUUCAGAAGUUUUGUUGUUUUACAAUCAAGCUGGGAAAAGAAACGAGAGCAAAAAGACGCUGGAGUGGGAAAACUUGAUAUUUGGAAAAUUGAGACGUCUUCAGCGCCUUAGCCACUCCUAAAAUACCUCCUAGUUAACAGUGGCGUGAAAGCCUCUUCAAAAUGUUUUCCAGAAUCCAAAGCAGCAUUUUGGUUUUAUCCAGGAUCCAGGGCAGCACACAUACUACCAAGCCAGAGAGGAAAGGAUUCACCAUCAGUUGGGAGCUGCUUUUGCCACAGAACGAGCAAGUCCCGUCUUUUCUUUCCCUGAGUGACAGAAAUUCUAGAUUGAAAGAACAAUUUCUGCUCUUCUUAACAAGAAAAUCAUGGCCCUCUUUUGUUUAAGUUAGCAGCUCCAGAGAAGGUGACCCAUUCUAGAACCCUGGCAGUUGGCCUGCCAGGGAGAGGACCCCAGGUCCAAUGAGCCAACUGUUUGGGUGGCAGGUAUAGUCCCCAUAGCUAAUUCCACUGGGGAAGGUUUCAGGCUCUAUUUUUCCACUAACAUGGUUUUCGUUUUUCACUCACCACGUUUUUUCCAUGAAACUGUUUUUGCUUUGUUUUGUUUUUGUUCUCUGCCUUGUUUGUUAGUGUGUUUCAGUCUUUAUUUAUAACUUCCUUGCAGCUAGCGUUCUCUCUUCCCAAGAUAUGAUGUUGAGAGUGAUUUUUCAUUUCAGCUACAGCCUCCAUCAGUAAUGGGGGCCUGGAAGCCACUUAUUUCUGUGUCAUUCCCAGUCAAAAAAGGGCCUCAUGUACAUGUUCUCCUUUGUUUUGAAAUCCCAAAAGACCAUCUCCCAAUUAAUUUUAUUCUCUGCUCUUUCCCUUCCAUUCUCUUCCUCCUGUUUAAAAAAAAAAAAAAAAAGA